AUGCAUUUAAAUCGUUCGUGUCAGCGAUUAUUCGGCGGAGCGAAAAAUUACAGCUUGUGUACUGCAACCGGUUUUAAAUUAAAUCCUCGUCCAUUUGAAGAUAUUCCUGGACCAAAAUCACUCCCUAUUAUUGGCACUUUGUAUAAGUAUCUUCCUCACAUAGGAGAAUACAAUUUUAACAAAUUGCACAAAAAUGGUUUCAAAAAGUUGAGUAAAUAUGGUCCAUUAGUCAAGGAAGAAAUAGUACCCGGUGUUAAUAUAGUUUGGGUAUUUCGACCGGAAGAUAUUGCAGAAAUAUUCAAAGCUGAGGCUGGAAAACAUCCAGAGAGACAUAGUCAUUUAGCGCUUCUUAAAUACCGAAAAGAUAGAAGCCAUGUAUACAACUCUGGAGGUCUUUUGCCCACAAAUGGGUCAGAUUGGUGGCGAAUAAGAAAAGAAUUUCAAAAGGCGUUGAGUAAGCCACAGAAUAUAAUUAAUUAUAUCAGUGUAAUUGAUAAUGUUGUGCGACAAUUUGUUAAAUUAUGUGGAGACAAAAAAUACGAUGACCUUUUACCAUUGAUAUCGCGACUUUUUCUUGAAUUAACAUGCUUAGUUGCAUUCGAUGUCUCGAUGAAUAGUUUUUCCAUAGCAGAAAUGCAAGUUGACUCUCGCAGUUCAAAAUUAAUCGACGCGGCAUUGACGACCAAUAGCGCGAUAUUGAAGUUGGACAAUGGAAUUCAACUUUGGAAAUAUUUUAAGACUCCAUUGUACAAAAAAUUGUGUACGAGCCAAAAGUUAAUGGAAGAGUACGCAACAGAGUCGCCAUUGAGUUGGUUAAUAAAAAAAUAGAUGAAAUGAAAAAUAAGCCAGUGUCCACCAAUGAAUCUCUCUUAGAAAUUUAUUUAAAGAACGAAAAUUUAGAUGUAAAAGACGUCGUGGGAAUGGCCUGCGACAUGUUACUGGCCGGAGUCGACACAACUAGCUACAGCCUUGCUUUUGCACUCUACCACUUGGGAAAUAAUCCCACAGUACUAGAGAAACUCCAGACUGAAGCUGCGAGGCUAUUAGUCGAUGAUGCUCCGAUAACUGUAGCUACACUGCGUGAUGCGACUUACACAAAGGCUGUAAUCAAAGAAACUUUUCGUAUGAAUCCAAUUUCUGUUGGUGUUGGGCGCAUCCUUGCUGUGGAUACUGUUUUAAAUAACUUCCACAUACCCGCAGGAACAAUUGUGGUAACGCAAAAUCAAGUUACUUGUCGUUUACCAGAGUACUUUGACAACCCAAAUUCAUUUCUACCCGAAAGGUGGUUGCGAGAUGAUAAAAAUAAAACAAAUAAGGGAGCUUCUGUACAUCCUUAUUUAGUUUUGCCAUUUGGACACGGUCCUAGAUCAUGUAUCGCACGCAGAUUAGCUGAGCAAAACCUUCAAAUGGUUCUUUUACGGCUAAGUAAAGAAUAUAAUUUCAAAUGGAAAGGAGGUGUGCUUGAUAACGUAUCUCUAUUAAUAAAUAAACCAGAUUUACCUAUCAAAAUGGAGUUUACUUCAAAAAACAAUGAUUAA